GCGCAUGCGCACUCCAGUAACCUACAUUAAACGAUCGUUGGUGAGCGUCCUGCCCUGAUUGUUGAAACAUCAUCGAUUCAUUCGCGGUAAAAGAGAUCGGAGCAUCAUCUUCAUCACAAUCAUGGCAUCCAGCGGUUAUUGUGUGCAGGCAGCGGUGCUGAUGCUGAUGCUGGCCGUGCAGCUGCUGUGUCUGGGUGCAGCUGAUGCGGAUCAGGAGACUGGGACUGUUAUUCCCGCUGAAAGUCGACCGUGCGUGGACUGUCAUGCAUUUGAAUUCAUGCAGAGGGCGCUGCAGGAUCUAAAGAAGACUGCGUUCAACCUUGAUGCCAGGACAGAGACGCUGGUGCUGAGAGCAGAGAGGCGGGCCCUGUGCGACUGUAUGCCCACCAACUCACUGCGCUGAGGUCAUCACCUGAGGACGCGUCCACCCGUCACCACACACUGGCCGUCCCACUCUCCUCAUGUACAGCCACUCUCGUCUGAAGUCACCCACACAAGAGGCACUUUAUUUUCUUUGUCGUCACGUCAACUGUCAUUGAGUGAAGCUUUGGUUUCAUGUCAUGCAUCUGAAGGCAUGCUAGUGUUUUUGCCUUAUUCUGGGUGGAUUUUGUUUUUACACCACUGAUAUUUGACAUUGUGAAACACACACCUGUUAGAAGUGAGUUAUUUUACCAUGGUCAUAGGAUUUGGUUCACCUCUCAUUUGUCUUCUUGGAAACAAAAACUUUUUUGUACUUUUUAGUAUUUCACUGUAUAAUGUAGAUAUACUAUAGUAGAAUACGUUGGUAAAUUUUCUCAUUGAAUGUGUUGUAUAAGAUGAACGUUUACAGCAAUUAUAUAUAAAUAUAUAUAUAUACACAACUGUAGCAUCACAUGGAAUUUAUCUGCUUAACAUAAAAUGACUCUAAUUUCGCAGAUUCAAACUGUUGGAUUAGCAGCAUAGCUUCAUCUGCAAAAUAACAAAACAAAAACGGGGGGGGGUUGGGGUUGGGGCGUUAAUUUUAAGUAUUUAUUUGUUAAAAAGAAUUAUUUGUAAAGAAAUGUCAGCAGGAAGAAAUGUGAAAUGAUAUUUUCUGAUUUUCUUUUUGUAGUUUCUGAUUUAGCACAGCACUGUAGCAUGAAUUCACAGCACUUUUUGUUAACCUGUAGAUUGUAUGUAUAGUUUAUGUACAGUAUAUGCACAUAUACUUCUGUGUACAGACUUUGUCUAAGGUGGAACGAGUAGUGACGAAUGCCAUUAGCUGCAGCAGGGGACAUAGAGAUAGAUGCAAGUGUCUUGUUGUUGCUUUUUCAUAAAUACCUUUGACAUGAUGUCACAGAAACACCCAUCUACUGUCUACAUGUUGAACCUUAAUCAAUAAAAACAAAGAGGGAUCUGGA